AGUCAGUUACUUCCUGUUUACGUUUUCACAAAUUACGUCACGCGGAUAACAUUGAACAAACUGUCUCAAAACCAAAACAGAGGAUAACUUAGGAAAUAACUCUUCAAGAUUCUUGUGACGGCUGGAUUCACUAAAUAUCAUAUUUCGGAUACGUAUCGGCGCAUCGGGGAGCGUGAACGACCUACGGUUUCAGCUGUCCUGCUCAUAUUCCAGGACAUAAGUAAGCGGGCUACUAAGUAUACCAAGCUAGCUGGUAGCUAGCGAAGCGAGUUAGCAAAGAGACACCCAACAGCACUUCAUCCUUAAACAGAGUGCGUAAAGACUGUUAGAAUGGAGAAUAAAUAUAACCUGAAGAGUCCAGCGGUAAAAAGGCUGAUGAAAGAGGCUGCUGAACUGAGAGAUCCUACAGAGCACUACCACGCCCAGCCCCUGGAAGAUAACCUUUUUGAAUGGCACUUCUCUGUGCGUGGACCCCCAGAUUCCGAUUUUGAUGGCGGGGUUUACCAUGGCAGGAUCGUGCUUCCCCCAGAGUACCCCAUGAAGCCCCCCAGCAUCAUCCUCCUCACGCCAAAUGGAAGAUUUGAAGUCGGCAAGAAGAUUUGUCUGAGCAUCUCUGGCCACCAUCCAGAAACCUGGCAGCCCUCUUGGAGCAUUCGAACCGCCUUAAUAGCUAUAAUCGGAUUCAUGCCAACAAAAGGAGAAGGAGCAAUAGGAUCUCUUGAUUAUACCCCAGAAGAGAGGAGAGCCCUUGCCAAAAAGUCCCAGGACUUCUGCUGUGAGUCAUGUGGCUGCUCCAUGCGCUCUGCCCUCCUGGCUCUGACACCAAACAGCAACCCCAGCGCUGAGGACCACAAGGCUAAAGAGCUGGCCCAGCAAAUCAACUUUAAGGCAGAGUCCAGUUUAUCCAGACAGGCAAGUGAGAGCAGAGGUGCAGAAAACAAGCCUCCCACACUCACCCAGGGAGAGCAGGAAGCUGCUGACAGUCCCCAGGAUGAACAGGCUGAGGCAUCUCCAGCCCCAGAGGGACCCCGGCCCCCUGUGACCCCCGGCACCGAUCGCCCCCUCAGCCCCCGGCAGCGUCGUGCCCAGCAGCACAGCCAACAGGGCCAGAGAGAUGGCAGGGAUCCAGCCAGCAGGCCGGCCUUCACCCCGGCUCCUAACCAACCUCAGGAUGAAAGCCGUGCAGGCUCAGCAGUCCUCAUUGUGGUGCUCACUCUGGCUCUGGCCGCACUCAUCUUCCGCAGGAUCUACCUGGCUCAAGAGUACAAGUUUGACUACGAGCUGUGACUCACUUGGUCGGCUGCUUCCUCACCCUGGAGUCAACCCCUCCUGCUGCCACCCUAACAGAACUGUGACCUGCUGAAGUGGAACCAGAGCUGAGGCGGUGUCUGGCGCUGACUUAGUGCACCCCACCCCCCCUCUGCUCAUUAGCAGAAGGUUCAGUCUCCGCUGAGGGGAAACAUUCAUUCCUGUAGAGGAGGUGUUCCACAACACCUCCAGGGUGACGUUUAAUCAUUGUGAAUUUUACUCUCCGCGGUGUCAUGCAUUUUUAAAAAAAAUGGGAAGCGUUGUUGUGUUCGUGAUCAGUGCAGAAGCCACACGCACCUCAUGUCCCCUUGCAUAUAAUUGUUAUUUACCCACAGGUUGCCGCAUGUUCCCAUUAUUUAAUUCAGUCUGUAAUAUAAUAUGUCAUUAACAUAGAAUUAUGGGGUAUUUUGGUCUCAAGGUAAUUAAUCAUGGAAGCUCCCAUGUACUGUAACAACUUCCUCUGUAUGUACUUUAACUUCCUGUUAAGUCAGGUCAGUUAAGUGCAGCGACCGCUGUGUGGGUCUCUUCAAGUGCUCCAGCUCGUAUUGGAUGUGGUCAGUAUGGUGCACAGGUCUUAACUGUACAGUAUCUCACAUUGUUGUACAUGGUCACAUCAGGUUGUGAAUUGAUUUGAUAUACUGACAUUGUGCAUUUCAAAAAUGAAAUGUCCCUGUUGAAUUCAGAGGGUGCGCAGUUAUCAGCGUGUGUGUCCUGCUGCCUUCAGUAACUGCAGGGAUUUAAUGAAGCGAAGGAGAAGCCUCACAGUACGAAGCAUCUGCGGAUAACGUACUUUAAGGAUCGCUCAUGUUCGUUUGCCAACACAUUCCUGUGUUACAUCAUGUCGCGUGACUGCAGGGCGCUGCUGCGUGGAUGUUUUCACAGUUUGUACAAGCGAGGGAAUAGUCGUUGACAUUUCUGUCACCUUUUUAUUUAAACUGACAACACCAAAAAAAUCUGCCACCACCACAAACCAGCACCAUUAAUCAACAGCAGCAGAUAACGGACAUCAUCCAGAUAUCGUCAGGUACCUCUUCUUCCUCUCUUCCUCCCUCUUUCAUAGACUGAAUAACAAUGAUAUCUUUUUAAAUGACAUCCACAUGGAUAACUGUGACAGCAUCUUUGCAACAGCACCUCCCUUAGUCACAUAUUAAAGGGGAACUCCUCUGUUUUUAACGCAUCAAAGUCCGUCUCCAGGGUCUGGGGACUACUGCUCCGUACAGUAUGUGAAACACAUUGAAUAUAAAGCGCUUCAGGUCUCCUGAGGGAGCUGAGUGAAGUCUGAUAAAUGAGUCACUUAAAGUCAGGAUCAGUUGUGUGCAGGUGAAGUUUGAAAAAGAAAAUAAUGUGUGGGUGCGCAGUCAGAAAGAAGUGAGCUUACCAGACCUCUAGCUGCUCCUCGUCUAGACUCAUCGAGCUCCUACAGCCAGGCUACACUAUCCAGGCUAGAUUAGCUGUUACGAGCAUAACGCAACCCAAUCUUCACCUGAAAACUGUUAGCGGUCAGGUUGCAUUGUGGGUAAUUUAGGUGCCAGGUUUCAACAAAGGAAAAACGUGCUAUAAAAGUAUGUCUGCUGCAGUGAUUUUGACGCUCUCUGUUUUAAAACUGUCCAUUGUGAGUGUGACAGUGUUUUAGGAGUGCAGUGUUUAACCACAGGCGGUCACAGAAUACGGUGUAAUCACAUUUAAGUCAUAUUUUUAAAGCAAAUAGAAAUGUAUCUGCAUAGCUGGAGGAUGUUCAAGUAAAAUAGUGUAUGAACAGUUUUAAGCCUUAUUUAAUUACUCUUGUUGACUUUCCUUUCAGAAACAGAUGUGGUUUUGACAUUUAUUCUCAGUGCAAUUUCUAACACCCAGUUUCCACCAAAGUAGCAGCUACCUGCUGUGGAAAUGGCGGGCUGUCGGCACACGGCUUGCACCGGUACUUGUCCAUAGAUUAAGAAGUCGCAGCAGUGAAGGGGGCGAGGUGCCUAAAUAAAACGUGUUUACUGAAGUACAUCAGUAGGGCACAGUUCUUUGAACCAUUAUCAGCAUGCCAGGUGACUUAAAUUUAGGGAUUAUUUCCGCCAAUAAACAUGACUCUGGUCUUCAGAAAACAACGUGCAGUUUCAGCCAACUGUCUGCUUACUUACAACAGAUUGUAUUUAUUUUAUUUCAAUCAGGAAGUCAUUUUUCUGUUGACACUGUAAUCUCCCCCACCCCACCCCACCUCACCACCUCUCUACCUGUCUCCCCCCGCUGUUUCGUGGUAUUCACACCACGUCCCUGCGCCUUAAUCUCUUGUUUGGCUUGCAUUCUCUGAAGUUGUAUGCAAACAGUCAUUUUUUUCCCCCACCCGCUCGUGCUUGUAUAAAUAGGCCCAAACCCUGUCUAACAUUUACCUUCUUUGAUAUACUUUGAGUAGAGGUUUAUCACUGAUGAGACUAGGAGGAACUGGGAAGCAAUUUAAAUUCACUCUCUGCACACGGUAGCUGACGGCUUUUUGACGUGUGCAGCAACUUGGCAGCAUACAGAUAGCUCAGAGGUAGUCGUAGCAGUCUACCUGGGGAACAAAUGUGUCUCUGUAGUUUUUAUUUGAGCAACAUCUCAUACCUGCUCAUGUCUAGGUAUUACUUGAGGGCAGCAGAGAUUCUUUAUGAAUAACCAUAUUCUCAGAAUCUUGCCUUAUCUGUCUGUUCGGUUUUUGUGCCCAAAGGCUGGGAUACCAGGAUAUAAACAGAAAAUAAAUUGCUUGAAUGAAAGAAUGUGUUUCCAUGUGUCAGGUUUUAUAAUGUCUUAUUCUGUGUACACCUGCAGGGAAUGUGUAGCAAUGCUGUUACCUUUAAAUAAUCCUGACGAUGGAUCAGGUAAUUGCCAGGUCCUUAAUGUGUGUAAAGUACAUUUAGCUACAUCUCUCAUCUCACAUUUUUUUUUUGCUAUAUGUAGCCGUGAAUAAUCCCAGUCGCCUCAGCAGUGUUUAUGGCAGGAUUCAAAAGCAGGUUGUGUGAGUAUAAACGCUUACAUUCUUUGGGCAGAUUUUAGUGUAGAUUUCAGUGGCUCAUGUUUAAACGUGACUAAGGGGUUUCUCCGAAGCUUUUUUUUUUCCUUUUCGACUCUCAAGCAGUCUCAAGUCUUUCAGCAGUCAAGACCAACUCAAGUCUCAAGUUUUGGCCUGUUAAUGAUUUUCAAAAAUCACUGUCGGCAUAGUUUCAAAAACAAGUCAGUUUUAUUGUGAGGAUUCAGAGAAUUGAAAACCUUGUAGCUGACUUCUUAUUUUUAAGGAGAGUAAAGACUUAACUGAAAAAUGUCCCCAAGGGCUCAAGACUUGACUUUAGACUUGGUUUGACUUGAGAACAGCCUGACUUGUUUUUGACUGAACUGAGAUUCCAUUCGAUUUGUUUCAGUUGACCUGAACUUGACCUGGGCCACUAGACAGGGCCCGAAAGUGCCGUACUCCACUUUCCAUGCAGAAGGAUGGUGAUUAAAAAAAAAAAAAAAAACAAGAAUGUGCAAACUUGUACUUAAACUCUGACCCAUGUGUACAUCCAAUCUGGAGAUGGGGGACUUUGGUGAAGCAGAUGGUGAAGUGUUAUAUUAAAGCCAGAUUGUAUAA